CCGUUUUGAACACAUUGAAUCUGGGUGUGUGGAAACGAGGAGAAGAGGGGGGAGAAGAAGAAGAAAAAAAGGGACUCGUGGUUUACUUGAGAAAGUAGUGCAGCUCCAGCUCAGCUCUGCAGUUGUUGUUCCCCCCGCUCUGCGCGUGGGGCGGUGCUCCAGCGAGCGCUGACGAUUCGCUUCUCUCUUUAAAUAGUCCGGUUUCCUCCUUCGCUCACAACUCCUUUUAACGCCAUGUUAUGACCUGACUUGUUUUCAUCAGACUUUUACUACGAACCUAACAGGAGUGGCUGCGUGAAAACACCCCCCCUCCCUUUUUUUUUCUCUCCCCCCCCACCCCUCUCCAGGAGACGUCCCGUGUUUAUUAACGCUUAAUUUGGAUGAUAGACGCGGAGGAUGCGUGCGUCGUUCGUGUGACUUUGCGCUUGGAGGGAAUACUUCUUUUGGAAUAGCAGUUUUUAAAGGGACCGAGACCUUGUUUGUCUUCUCUUUUUUUUUCGCUGCGGGUUUGGGCUUCUUUCUUUCUUUUUUUUUUUUUCUUUUUCUUCCUCCCCCUCUCCUCGUCAUAUGUGCAACAAGAUGUCAGACGUCCGCCUCUCUAACGCGAGCCCCACGGUGGAGCGGGUGGACGCGCGGCCGCCGGACAGCGCCAGGCCGGUGCGCAGGGUGCUGUUCGGCACACCUGACCCGGAGGAGACGCGGAGGCAGGCGGAGGCUCUGCAGCGGGAGGCCGUGGAAGCCUUCAGGGAGCGGUACAACUUCGACCCGGUGGAGGACCGGCCGCUGUCUCCGGGGGACUACGUGUGGCAGGAGGACGCGGACGCGCCGGAGUUUUACCGCAGGCCGCCGCGGGAGAGCCGGCCGCCCCGGGGCGAGGCUGGCGAAGACUGCCCGGAGAGGAGGACGGAGGCCCGGUCGGCUCACACUAACGGUUCGCGGAAACGAUCCGCAGAUUGUCGCUCUGACGAUUGCCCGAGUAAAAGCGCAAAGGUGCAUUCCGACGAAGACGACGAUGAUGAAGAGCAGGCGCUCGGUGCAGGAAGCCAGGCAGAGGAGAGAGCCAGCAGGUCAGAAGAAGAAGAAGAAGAAGAGGAGGAGGAGGAGGAGGAGGAGGUCCCGUGCUCCACGGUGCCAGAGCACUGAGACCUGGCGCCGGUGGAAUACUGUAGGCUUCCUCUCCAUCCGACAGAAGACGCGGCUGGAAACA